AUCUGCAAAACCGACCCCAAGCUCUUCGGGACUCAUAUCAUAUUUCGAGCUCCUUUUAAAAAGAUCCUCAAAUUCGGUUUUGGUUACUCUCUCAAAGCCCGGCCUUGAAAUCCGUGAUUCAGCAGAGCUCCCCAACUCUUGCGCCAAGCAUUGCGAACCGUCAGGCUUAUAUUGGGGGGUGAGAAAGGGGUGAGAAAGAAAGCAAAAAAGACAGAGCCGAAGAGGACAAGUCUGUUCCUGGAUUGACCUGGGGUCUGUAUUCUCGUUAAAAAAGAAAAGAAAAGAAAAGACAGAUAUAAUGGAGGACGAUCGUACUCUAGUCGAUCUCGGCAUCGCUGCAGACCUCGAAGAGGACCAAGCGCUCCAAAAUGUGGUGAGGCAGCCCAAGAAGCGGUUCGUGGGCAGGAGAAUGGCGGCCGAGAAUGCAGCAAAGUUUAGUACGGGCAACAACGCCUCGAUCGAGGACAGUGGCGCUAUUCAAGUUGCCCAGCCGAGGAGAGCGCCUCGGCUGCUGAACCAGGUGCCGCCCGAGAUCCUGAAUGACCCAGCGCUCAAGGAGGCCAUGGCUCUCCUCCCAGCCAACUACUCAUUUGAGAUACCCAAGACGAUCCAGCGCAUCCGGUCGCUUGGGUCCAAGCGUGUGGCGCUGCAGAUGCCCGAGGGCCUGCUGCUGUUCGCCACGACCAUCUCGGACAUACUCACGCAGUUCUGCCCGGGCAUCGAGACGCUGAUCAUGGGCGACGUCACGUACGGCGCAUGCUGCAUCGACGACUACACGGCGCGGGCCAUGGGCUGCGACCUGCUGGUGCACUACGCGCACAGCUGCCUGGUCCCCGUCGACGUUACCAAGAUCAAGACGCUGUACGUCUUUGUUGACAUCAGCAUCGACACGACGCACCUGCUGGCCAGCCUCGAGCGCAACUUUGCGCCCGGCAAGACCAUCGCCAUGGUCGGCACCAUCCAGUUCAACGCCACCAUCCACGGCGUGCGGGCGACGCUCCAGAAGGCAGGCUUCCGCGUCAUCGUGCCGCAGAUCGCGCCGCUCUCGCGCGGCGAGAUCCUCGGCUGCACGUCGCCGGACCUGUCGGCCUACGCGGCGGGCGGCGACGAUGCAACGCCCGUGGACUUGAUCCUAUACCUGGGCGACGGGCGCUUCCACCUCGAGAGCAUCAUGAUCCACAACCCGGGAGUGCCGGCGUACCGGUACGACCCGUACUCGCGGCGGCUGACGCACGAGACGUACGCGCACGACGAGAUGCAGGACCUGCGGCGGCAGGCCAUCCGCACGGCCAAGGGCGCGCGCAAGUGGGGGCUGAUCCUCGGGUCGCUGGGCCGUCAGGGCAACCCGCACACCAUGGCGCUCAUCGAGCGCCGCCUUGCCCAGCAGGGCACCCCCUUUGUCAACCUACUCCUCAGCGAGAUCUUCCCCGGCAAGCUGGCCCUCAUGGAAGACGUCGAGUGCUGGGUCCAGGUGGCCUGCCCGCGCCUGAGCAUCGACUGGGGCUACGCCUUCCCGCGCCCGCUGCUGAGCCCCUACGAGGCCCUCAUCGCCCUCGAGGAGAAGGAAGACUGGGGCAAGGGCGCGUACCCGAUGGACUACUACGGGAAAGACGGGCUGGGCAGGACGAAGCCCGCCGCGCUAGCAACGACUGCCUAGGAGUUCAUGGCAAGCAGGCCGCAGUGAAAUAAAAGUA